CUUUAUGUUGGCCAGUGCUGUGGGUGGCUUGUCUGCUUGUCGGCCGUUUUCCUUCAUUCUCACCUCUCUUUCUACUCCCACCAUGCUGCGACAGGGGCUCCCCCGCACCGUGCUGGGUGCAAUGGAAUUCGGGAAUCGCAUGGAUGCCAAAACAAGCGACCAGGUGAUGCAGGAGUUCCUGAGGCGCGGAUACGACGAGGUGGACACCGCGCACUUUUAUGCUGGCGGAGAAAGUGAGCGGAUACUGGGGGAGAUGGGGCUAGGUGCCAGAGUGAAGAUAGCGACUAAAGCCAAUCCACUGGAAGGAAAUAAAAACCUAAAACCGGAGAGCGUGCGUCAGCAGCUAGAAGCUUCCCUGAAGAGACUGAAGACCUCCAGUGUCCACCUGUUCUACCUGCACAUCCCCGACCACAAGACCCCACUGGAGGAGACACUGGCAGCCUGCCAGGAGCUGUACCUGGAGGGAAAGUUCAAGGAGCUGGGUCUGUCCAACUACACGUCCUGGGAGGUGAUGAAGAUUUACUGCAUCUGUAAAGAGAGGAACUGGGUGCUGCCAACCGUAUACCAGGGUAUGUACAACGGCAUGACAAGACAGGUAGAGACGGAGCUGUUCCCCUGCCUGCGCCAACUCGGAAUCCGCUUCUACGCCUACAAUCCGCUGGCCGGGGGUCUGCUGACCGGCAGAUACAAAUAUGAGGACAAGGAUGGCGAGCAGGCGCCCAGCAGAUUUUUUGGCACCGCCUGGGCUGAAUUGUACAGGACGAGGUACUGGAAGAAGCAUCACUUCAAAGCGAUUGGCCUGGUGCAGAGGGCGCUGCAGGAGGCGUACGGCGAGGACAGGCCCACCCUGACGUCCGCCACUCUCCGCUGGAUGUACCACCAUUCUAAGCUACAGGGGAGUCGGGGUGACGCUGUGAUCCUGGGGAUGUCCAGUUUGCAGCAGUUUGUACAGAACCUGGACGGAGCCGAGGAAGGUCCCCUGCUUCCACCGGUGGUCACUGCCUUUGAUGAAGCCUGGAACCUGGUCGCCCAUGACUGUCCAAACUACUUCCGCUAGAACAUCGGACAGGGCGAGCUUUAUCCGAAUUGUUAUUUCCACCUAGUGUUCCUCAUCCCACUGGUGAACCUGCUUCUUUAUAUAUGAUUUGUAGUGGAUUUCAUACAUUAAACUGAUUACAGGUC